GAAAGGAUGAUAACGUUUAUAUAUCCUAAGUGAUAUCACAGUCAAUUUCGAAACAUAAAAGAUGGAUUGGAUGUGUUUCAUUUUUAAAAUUGUUUAUAUUUUAUUUGUUCUACCGAGUCAUCAGUGCGCUGAAUGUGGCUCAUUACGGGGCUUAAAUACCGACCACAUCAAUGAAGGUGACGAUGUGACGCUAGAGUUUUCUAAUAUCAGAAGUCAAGACCCAAGUUUGGUCCAAUGGUGGAAAAAUAGAAAUAAAAAGAUAGACACCAACUUACAGCGUUUCUCUAUAGACGUUCAGCAAGAUCGUGUCACGUUGACAAUACGUAACGUCACAGCUGAGGAUAGCGGCAAAUACACUGCUGAUUUAGGAAGCACAUCUUGUUCACCACCGAGUGAUGUUUUAGUUACGGUGAAAGAGCCAAAGGUCCUUUCCGUUAUUCCCCAAUUCCCUGACAACAUUACCGUCCCAGAGUUGGAUUGUGAACGAUGUCUUGUGGGAACGGUUGGCGUCUACAUAAACGUAGAAUGUGUUGUGAUUGGAAUCAGCAAAAAAUACCUGAACCUUGCGUUGAAGCUAAAAAGAAAUGGACAAGAUGUCCCCAAUGUGACUAUGGAAGGUUUUCCAUUGUAUCGAGCAUUCUAUUCAUACAUGCCGAGUGAAGAUGAUACAGAUCAUACCGUUACUUGCGAGGCUGCUAAAGAUGGCCAACUGCCCAAAAUAGUAUCAAUCACUCUGCUCGUUUUGCGAAAACCAUCGAUCCCUACAACAACGCUGCCGGAAUCGAUCAAAGAAGGAAAACAUGCACCUAUUAUUUGCCAAACCUUCAAUGUCCGACCGGAGCCAAGACUCUACUUCAUGUACAAUUCAACAACUUACAAUACAAGCAACAACUUUUCCCAAAUGAAAGGCGAUAAAACAGUUGAUGUUAAAACAAUAUUAGACAUCACUUUCAGUCGAUAUGACAAUUCAGGGAGUUUAAUUUGUUGUGUUGAGUUUAAAGAGUAUGACAAAAACACACCGAAAAUAAAAACAAAUUGCUUGACUUCUGCCAUUGAUGUUUUAUUCCCACCGAAGUUUAUACAGCUUGAAGAAGUAAACAGAGCAAACGAUGAAGAAGGUAAUACGAGUCUCCGGUUGCAGUGUACAAGCGACGUAUCUAAUCCAGUUAGUAAAAUAAGAUGGAACAUUGAGUCCAAUUUUCAAUAUGAAUCCUCCCAGGAAAAGGAAAAGGCUGAACAAUUGUCUGGAUUUGUAAGGACUAAGAUGUUAUCUGCCAACCUCACUCGACAUAACAAUGGAGAACAACUAUCAUGUUACAUAGAAAAUCCUAAGUUCCCAGAGAUCAAAGUAAUCAAAACCUAUAAAAUCAACAUUACUUACAAGCCGUUCAUCAGUUUUUCUCCCAGUUCUCCAGUAACUACCUACGUGGAUGACAGUAUAAGCGUUGUAUGUCAAUGUGACGCAAACCCAGCAGCUGAGAUGGUCUGGUCAAACACUUCUUCGAAUAAAAUAGGUAAAAGGAAUGAAGAUAGCCUAGAACUGAUCUUGCAAUAUCACUCAACUGGUCGCCAUAAUUUCACGUGUAAUGCGAAAAACACAAUUGGUUCGGCGGUAAAUGAAGUUUUCAUCUUGGUCAAAGAAAAGCCAUUUAAAACAACAAUACCGAUGCCAAGGCCAACGUCAUCAUCAACCGGUAAAAACAACUCUUCCUCAAUGUUGAUCGGUAUCAUUUGCGGCUGUCUUGCGGUGCUAAUUAUCGUUAUGGUAGCUGUCGGGUGCGUGGUGUUAUCUAGAAGAAGACAGAAAACCCUGACGAGAGAAGGUUCUUACAGUGUGCAUAUUCAGGAGCGACAACCGAGUUUUCAACCGCUAGGUCCUGUGUACGACAAUUUGGCUGGUUCCAAUCACGGUGAUGCUCCAUCUGAAGCUAUUGCUGAACCGGUUGAGUACGCCUGUGUUGUUAAAAGGGAAGAGAGACGGACUACAAAACCUCAGUCCGAGGAUGGAGCACUCAUUUACGCUGAUCUUGACCUACCAGCAGAGGAUUGCACACCAGGGAAGCCAGCAGUGAAUUUAGACGUCGGAACCACAUACGUGGCAAUCGAUUUUGCUCAGACAGCUAAAAUGAAAGGAUCUGUGUUAGACGAUUAGUUACAUGAGUGGAAAAUGACCCGAUUAGUAUUUGUUAAUAGAUGUAGCGUUGCUAGAUUAGUAUUUCACAUGUAGAUCACUUAUCAUGAUUGGUAAGCCCAAUGAAUUUCUGUCAACGUAGUUCUGCUCCCUUUUAAUUGGUUGAUAUCGAGGUCACAUAUACUUAAUAUAUAAUAAAUUUAAUCCUAUACAGAACCCAAGUGCGAACAUUAAUCAUGCAUAAGAACUGAAGCUGUAACAAUAUCAUUGAUUAUAUUCAUUUUGCUUAUCCUUUGAUGUAUUAGUAAUGGGUCGUAAAUGAUGCUGUUAAAACUAAACGCCUUAUCAUUGUUCAUGUCCAUACCGAUGAACAUUUACUAUGCUACAUUACAUUGCUUCUUUUAAAUGUGUCUUCUUUAUCACAUUGUGUAAAUAUACUCUCAUGCAAUAAAGUAUGAUUCUGACCUAUA